UCGCUUUUUUUUUCUCUUGGCUUGGCUUGCAUCUUCGCGAUACGGCUACGCCUACACUACGCUACGCUACGCUAUACUACACCUGCUUGCGAACGAUACGAACGAACGAAUAAGCGAACUCAUGACGACCAAGUCGCCGCGCGAAACAAAUACUAUGCAGCACUAAACCAGCCAUAUACUCCCAUCGCUUGCGCAAAUACACAUUUCGCCCUACCUAGGAACCGACGAUUCGCAUUCAGGGUAUCGUUUUUAUCCAUAUCCUCGUUUUUUUCUUUACCGACGCUCGCUGCUUCAAACAAACACAUACAUGCUUUCGCUACGAACAUGGAGGCUCUCGGCGCUGCAAAUACUACUUAUCGGAAAUGCAUAUUUGGUGGGGACAUGUGUGGCGGUACACGGCGCGGAUGUUGGUGUUGAUAUACCUCCACCAAUACCCGGUAUUACGGCCGCGCCGCGUGUAGAUGGUAGUAGCGUGGAGGUGCGAGAGCUGCGGCGAAGACAAGCGGACGAUCCCGAUGCAAUCCAGCUUCUCGGCAUCCUCGCCACCGCACUACCCCAGUCGCUCCGCCAGAUUGCCGCGACAAACAUACCCGCUGUGUCGAGCAUUCUGUGGAACGAAUUCCUGGAUAACAAUCGUCCGCAGUGGUUCAAUGAGCUGCCGUAUGACGUCCAGAGUUAUUUGAUUAAAGAGUUUGGGCCUGCGACUGCGGCACCGCCCGCCACGGGGCCGUUGCCAACUGACGUCACUGCAUCUGUGACUGGAAGCCCGACGACAACACCAACGAGCAUUUCGCAGGCGUCGAGUACAGCGUCUUCGGUGCGGGAAUCGCAAUCGUCGGUGUCGGUGUCGGAGAGUUCAAGGAGAAUUACACCGACGGCAUCGUCGAGCCAGACUUUGAGGUCGACAUUCCGAGAGUCGUCGUCGCUGCUGACUACUUCGUCGGCAACCACCUUCUCGACAUCAACAUUAGCCUCUUCAACCCCCAGCCCAACCUCCAGCGCAACCCCCAGCACAACUUCCAGCACAACACCCAGCGCAUCAUCAGACCCCGUAGCCCCCGCAUCUAGCUCCUCGGGCCUAACGCGCAGUGCGAAAAUCGGCAUUGGCAUCGGCGUACCGCUUGCAGCUCUCGCCCUCGCAGCCUGCAUAUUCGGAUGCUGCAUCUUCAUCCGACGGCGACGAAAACAGCGCAUUGAAGGCAGUCAGCCACCCUCAUCACCAGGCUUCAUCCCGCGAUUUUCGUUCCAAGAGGGCCGGUUUGAACCAGAAUACUAUCAGCACCGUGCGCCGUUGAAUCCCCGCUUCGCAAACCAGCAUCAGCACGGCCACUUUGUCGACGAUAGGAACUGGGAUGAGGAGGAGGGAUACGAUGCAGCGCCCUUUUCGACAGCGUACCACGGACAUAUGAUUCCACCAGCAGCAGCGCCCACGCCGUCGCAAGCGAACAUCCUAGCGAGAAACAGUAUGCCAGAGUCGCCGAGUGAUGUAGGAGCGAUGUCGCCUACGAACAUGCAAGACGACCACAGGCCCAUGCUAGCACCCGCGCUGUACCACAGCCACUCGUCGAACCGCGCGCGGGGAAGGCGAACAAGCCAUAGCAGUCUACACUCUGUGGCCGAGGUGACGGAGCCGGAUGAAGCCAAUGCCGACUCACCUGUUCUAGGUCGUCAGCAUUAUCAGCAGAGGCGCGGCUCCAGGAACAGCGGUAAACUACCAGUCAUCGAACCGUUGCGCAUCCCUGCUUCCGGAAGUAUAAAACGCAAACCGAUUUCUUCGCCUCAAGAAGCAGAAACAUCGCAGAACUUAUUAUCCCGCCCGGCUCUCGCUGCUGCUUCACAUACAGCAGCCGGGCAACACAGCGGAAGCAGUUCGUCUGCCCUCGCUCUCUCCAAUAUCUCGUCCUACCUUUCUUCUCACGCCUCCUCCUUUACCUCUGCCUCCCAUUCUUCCUCUUCUUUCUCGACGAACAAGCCUCGAAUGGGAUACAAUCACGCGGGAUAUGCCUAUCUGGAGGAUUAUGGGCCCGAGUGGUAUUACAGGGGCGGAAACGGGGAGAACGGGUAUCAUGGGUAUCAUGGGUAUGAGGAUGGGGGUCCAGGCCCGCAAGAAGACAAAAGUAGGAUGACAGAGUGGCCGUUGAGGAAUUCCGACGGUGGUACUGAGGCAGUGUAUGAGAGAACACAGAGUCCCAUGUGGGAUCGCGUGUACGACAGGGUUUGAUGACGGUAUGGCCUUUCCUUUGUUCUCGGUUUGAUCCUGGCAUGGUACAUGGAGUACAGGCGUUGAACUAACGAGGAGAUAUCCACUCCUUUGGGUUAUGGGCGACGAUAGCAUAGUACAUGGCGCCAUGAGUGCGCACGUUUUCUCCCAUCGAUAUACCCUUUUUGUAAAAACACAUACGCAUAUGGAGCUAGCUAGUCAGUAGGUUAGCGUGAUAGCGCACCAUGAACAACAAAGCAAUAAUGACAGCGCAA